AUGGACUUUAUGGCACCGGGGGGACCCUUUGGAACGUUCCGUGAGAUGCGUGCAGAGAAUAAAGACACGUGUGUGCAGGACCCGGCCAUGAUGAAAACUAUCAUAGACGUGGUCAAAGCCAAAUUUGUGAUCCCGCCCAUAUCCGAGGACUGUCUCUACCUCAAUGUCUUCACCCCGGCCGACCGCGGACAGGACGCCAAACUACCCGUCAUGGUGUUCAUUCACGGAGGCGGAUUAGUUAUGGGAGGAGCCACGAUGUUUGAGGGUUCCGCCCUGAGCGCCUACGAAAAUGUCAUAGUUGUUUCCAUCCAGUACCGGCUGGGGAUUCUGGGCUUCUUCAGCUCCGGGGACAGCCAAGCUGCGGGGAACUACGGAUUCCUGGAUCAGGUGGAGGCGCUGCGCUGGGUGAAGGAGAACAUUGCGGAUUUCGGGGGGGACCCCGACUCCGUCACCAUAUUCGGGGAGUCCGCUGGUGGGGUCAGCGUCUCCGCAUUGGUCCUGUCCCCACUAGCCAAGGGCUUGUUCCACCGAGCCAUCGCCGAGAGCGGGGUGGCCAUUAUGCCGGGGCUGAUCGCCAGGUCUGUCGGGGAGAUCAACUUUGUGCGGAAUAUAAUCGCCAACGUGUCUGGCUGUGAUACGGCGUCAUUGCUGGAUUGUCUGAAGGCAAAAUCUGAGGAGGAAAUCCUUUCCAUAGGCGCUGCGAUGAAAUUUCUGUGUCCCCCGGGAACCGUGGACGGCAUCUUCUUCCCGAAACCCACCGAACAGAUCAUGGCGGCAAAGGAAAGCAAUCCGGUUCCACUCAUUACGGGUGUGACGGAGCAGGAAUUCGGCUGGGCCGUUCCCUCGACCCUGAAUAUCACCGGACUGGCGGAAGGAAUGGAGAGAGAUUCCGUCAUCGCAUUGCUGCACAGCCACCCGAUGCUGACCGGUCACUGCAAGGGGAUGCCGGCAGAUGAAGGGAGCUCAGGGAUGCUGGCAGAUGAAGGGAGCUCAGGGAUGCUGGCAGAUGAAGGGAGCUCAGGGAUGCUGGCAGAUGAAGGGAGCUCAGGGAUGCUGGCAGAUGAAGGGAGCUCAGGGAUGCUGGCAGAUGAAGGGAGCUCAGGGAUGCUGGCAGAUGAAGGGAGCUCAGGGAUGCUGGCAGAUGAAGGGAGCUCAGGGAUGCUGGCAGAUGAAGGGAGCUCAGGGAUGCUGGCAGAUGAAGGGAGCUCAGGGAUGCUGGCAGAUGAAGGGAGCUCAGGGAUGCUGGCAGAUGAAGGGAGCUCAGGGAUGCUGGCAGAUGAAGGGAGCUCAGGGAUGCUGGCAGAUGAAGGGAGCUCAGGGAUGCUGGCAGAUGAAGGGAGCUCAGGGAUGCUGGCAGAUGAAGGGAGCUCAGGGAUGCUGGCAGAUGAAGGGAGCUCAGGGAUGCUGGCAGAUGAAGGGAGCUCAGGGAUGCUGGCAGAUGAAGGGAGCUCAGGGAUGCUGGCAGAUGAAGGGAGCUCAGGGAUGCUGGCAGAUGAAGGGAGCUCAGGGAUGCUGGCAGAUGAAGGGAGCUCAGGGAUGCUGGCAGAUGAAGGGAGCUCAGGGAUGCUGGCAGAUGAAGGGAGCUCAGGGAUGCUGGCAGAUGAAGGGAGCUCAGGGAUGCUGGCAGAUGAAGGGAGCUCAGGGAUGCUGGCAGAUGAAGGGAGCCCGGGGAUGCUGGCAGAUGAAGGAAAAUUGUGGAUGCCGGCAGAUGAAAGGAGCCCGGGGAUGCCAGCAGAUGAAGGGAGACCAGGGAUGCUGGCAGAUGAAGGGAGCCAGGGGAUGCUGGCAGAUGAAGGGAGCCCAGGGAUGCUGGCAGAUGAAGGGAGCCCAGGGAUGCUGUUUCCUCUCUGCAUUCCGCUCCUGACACCUUCUUGUCUCCCAGAUUCCGGAUAUUCCGUCUACUUCUAUGAGUUCCGCCGCCGUCCGUCAUUCUUUAAAGAUUCUAAGCCUGAGUUUGUGAAGGCCGACCACGGCGAUGAGCUGUUCUUUGUGAUCGGAGGACCCUUCCUGGCGGAGGAUAUUCUCUUCUCAGGUGAGACGGAGGAAGACGAGAAGAUCCUGAGUAAGAAAGUCAUGAAAUAUUGGGGCAACUUCGCCCGGACCGGUGACCCGAACGGGCCCGGGCUGCCUCAGUGGCCGCGCUACGACGGGGAUGAGGAUUAUCUGCAGAUUGAUAUUCAGCAGAAAUCCGCUCAGAAACUGAAAGGCGCAAAAUAUGAAUUCUGGACCAAAAUUCUCCCUGAGAAACUCCAGAAGAUGGCGGAGGCGGCGGCGGCAGAGCGCAGCGAGCUGUAGAUCCCUCGGGGUCAGGCCGUA